AUGCAGGUUCUUAUUUUAGUAGCGGCAUUAGUAUCUAGCGCGUACGCUGGUCUUCUAGCGCCCUCGCCAAUAGGCUACGUUAGACCGUACGGAUUGGCUGCCCCUCUAGCAGUUGCACGGCCAGCAUUAGCUCCGUAUGCUGUGGCUAAGGUGGCUGCACCGGUUGAGGAUUAUGACCCUAAUCCUCAGUAUUCCUACGCGUAUGACAUACAGGAUGCUCUGACUGGUGAUUCGAAAAGUCAGCAUGAAACACGUUCCGGUGACGUGGUCCAAGGUUUUUAUUCUCUCGUCGAUCCUGAUGGCACCCGUCGUAUUGUCGAGUACACCGCUGACCCGCACAAUGGUUUCAACGCGGUCGUUCACAAGCAACCCCUUGGGGGAGUGGUGAAAGGUGUGGCACCUCUAGCUGCUUUUCACUAA